AUGGCUAACAGGAAGACCAGAAACAACCCGUCACCUCGUAUGCUGCAAUGGAAACUGAACAGGAUAAAACGUAUCGUGCGUCCAACGGUAGAGGAGCUUCUCCUCGCCCUGCGGAGGCACGUGACGCGGGCGAAAACGGGGGCUCCAGUGCAACUGCGGAGGCCAGCUGGGGCUGGCGGUGUGAGGAGUGCCAUUGUUUUUGUGGCGGCGUUUUUUCGCGGCGCGGCCAAUGGCGGCCGCGCGGGAAGCUCAUUGGGCGCUCUCGGGCCGACGGGGAGGCCCCUAGCCACUCCGCCACUCCGCCACUCCGCCACUGUGCCACUCCGCCACGUGCCGCAAUUACUCCGCAACUCGUUAACGCGUCGCCGUCGUCGCCAAGUUGCCACCCGCUUCGUCGCCGCUGCGCCAAGGUUGAAUCUGUUCCCGAGUGAGUUUGGGGGGAACGCGUGUUCGCCCGUGUGGUCCGCAGAUAAGGGUCGGUUCACACGCGACGGCGGGCGUCGUGACGAGGGCGUCGCCGCUGCACGCCGCACGCCCGCUCCUUAUCUGCCCACCUCGUGCGCACUGUCUUCGCCUUGCUACGAACUGACAAGCUCCGUGGCAAGCGGUGCCGGCCAUCAGCAUCUAUUCUUAGGUCGUUCAGCAAUACAACAACCGCAGCCAAUUUGUCACGUUCCUUUAAUACCC